AGAAUGAGCAGUUUGCUGUAAGAAGCUUCGGCAGCCCAGAGUCUGCUACUUUGGGCUGGGCUAAACUUUCCCUGUAAAAAAGAAUAAUAGAUUAAAAUAUGCACUUCUAAAGUGCGAGUUGCCCGUUUACAUGUUUAUUAGCUAAUUGUCUACAGGCAUGAGCACACUCUCUCAUCUAGCACACUCUUUCUUGGGGAAUACUGCUCUCUGGAGGAGUGUGAAAAUCAAUUCUCCUUAAUGUUAAGCAUCCAUUGGAGGAAAUCUCUAACCACAGUACCUCCAGAAAAUUCAUUGAUCACCCAAGUCUUGGAUAAAAUUGGUUCCAGAAUUUGAUUUGAACUAAUGUGGAGGAAAACAUUUCCUACCAGUCCUUAGUCUCAGAGUGCUGAACCCUGCAGCCAGCAGGCCUCCUGAAAAAAAUCCAUGGGUGACAGAAGAUUCAUUGACUUCCAAUUCCAAGAUUUAAAUUCAAGCCUCAGACCCAGGUUGGGCAAUGCUACUGCCAAUAAUACUUGCAUUGUUGAUGAUUCCUUCAAGUAUAAUCUGAAUGGUGCUGUCUACAGUGUUGUAUUCAUCCUGGGUCUGAUAACCAACAGUGCCUCUCUGUUUGUCUUCUGCUUCCGCAUGAAAAUGAGAAGUGAGACGGCUGUUUUCAUCACCAAUCUGGCCCUCUCUGAUUUGCUCUUUGUCUGCACUCUACCUUUCAAAAUAUUUUACAAUUUCAACCGCCACUGGCCUUUUGGUGACACCCUCUGCAAGAUCUCUGGGACUGCAUUUCUAACCAACAUCUAUGGGAGCAUGCUCUUCCUUACCUGUAUUAGCGUGGAUCGUUUCCUGGCCAUUGUCUAUCCCUUCCGAUCUCGUACCAUUAGGACCAGGAGGAAUUCUGCCAUUGUGUGUGCUGGAGUCUGGAUCCUAGUCCUCAGUGGUGGUAUUUCAGCCUCUUUAUUCUCCACCACUAAUGUCAACAAUGCAACCACCACCUGCUUUGAGGGCUUCUCCAAACGUGUAUGGAAGACUUAUCUGUCCAAGAUAACCAUAUUUAUUGAAGUUGUUGGUUUUAUCAUUCCUUUGAUACUGAAUGUCUCUUGCUCUUCUGUGGUGCUAAAAACCCUCCGUAAGCCUGCUACACUGUCUCAAAUUGGGACCAAUAAGAAAAAAGUGCUGAAGAUGAUCACAGUGCAUAUGGCAGUCUUUGUGGUAUGCUUCGUACCCUAUAACUCCGUCCUCUUCCUGUAUGCCCUAGUGCGCUCCCAAGCCAUUACCAAUUGCUUGUUGGAAAGAUUUGCAAAGAUUAUGUACCCAAUCACCUUGUGCCUUGCAACUCUGAACUGUUGCUUUGACCCUUUCAUCUAUUACUUCACCCUUGAGUCCUUUCAGAAGUCCUUCUACAUCAAUACCCAUAUCAGGAUGGAGUCUCUGUUUAAGACUGAAACACCUCUGACCACAAAGCCUUCCCUUCCAGCUAUUCAAGAGGAAGUUAGUGAUCAAACAACACAUAAUGGUGGUGAAUUAAUGCUAGAAUCCACCUUCUAGGUAUGAGAACUCUCUUUAGGUCCAGAUAUGGUUUCUUCUACGCUUUUCCGAUGCUUUGAAUAAGAGAAAAGAUUUCAAGCUAAUGAUAUUGAGAAUAAUGUACUGAAUACAGUCAGAUACAUUUAUUUGAAUGUUUAUUGUACAUAUGCUGUUUUGUUCAAUAAUUAUAGGUCAGGUCUAAUUACAACAACAAAAAGUUAUUGCCAAACUCUUCUGCUGGGUUGGAAAUUCAUUGCACCACAUUAUGUAAGUGGACAGUAGCCUUGACUUUAGUGAUAUGGAGAUUAUUUUAAAACUUUAAAAAAGAUAUUUCCAUUCCAAUAAUAUUCGGUAAUUAGGUUGGGCCUAUAAAUAUAGAACAAAUUCAGGGAUUAUUUUUUUUAAAGAACAACCUUUUGUGUUACUACUGAUAUAUGCUAGUCUGUUUUUCUUCUUUUUGAAUUGUCAUUGAGUUUAUUUUAGCACACUAACAUAUUUUAGCUUAACAUUAUUAAUAAAAGUAUCAAAUUUAAAA